AUGGCGUGGAAUGAGGGAAAAGCCAAAGAGAAUGCAAACCCAACCAUUCUUUCAGUACUAAAAGAAAGAUCCCAUGUGGGAUGUGACUGGUCAGAGCUGGGAACCUUUGAGAAACGAAAUGACGAGUGGAUUCCAACGAGUGCAGAAGACAUCGCAAUAUUUAAAGCGUUGACGGAUGCGGCAACCGCAACCAGGGGAAGGAACGUGAAUCUCUUGGAGAAUGCUGGAAUAUCGUUUUCCAAUCCUUCAUUAUCCAAAAAAAAGAACAUCCCAAGAUUCAAAUUUUCCCCAAAGUCAUCCUCUGAGGCGUCAAGCUCCACGAAGGACAAUGCAGCACAAUCCAAAGAGACACUCCGGGACAAGAUUAGUGCCGAGGAAAUAUUCGAUGUCAUUCGCACGAUCCAAGAUCCCGAGCAUCCAAACACACUAGAAGAGCUAGGUGUUGUCAGUUUGGCGCAGGUCCAGGUGUUUGACCAAUCAGAAGAAUCAUCGGAUGCGAUGAAGGAGGGGGCGCCGAAGGCUUCCAGUGUGGCUGUUCGAUUCACACCCACAAUUCCUCAUUGCAGUAUGGCCACACUCAUUGGACUAUCUCUGACCGUCAAGCUGAAACGGUCCAUCCCUCCACGAUUCAAGGUGGACGUAAGUAUAGAGCCAGGAACUCAUGCGAGUGAAAAAUCCGUCAAUAAGCAGCUGCGGGACAAAGAGAGAAUUUGCGCAGCAUUAGAAAACAAAGCAUUGGUCAGUGUUGUCAACAAAUGCAUUCGAAAUGGUGCUUGA